AUGGUCAAAAUGAUCGCUUUGGGUGGCAGGAGGUGGAAUGUCGCUUCUGACGACCUCUUUGUGCCUGCUACCCUUCAAACCAUCAUCCAACUCGGCAGGAUUGUACUCAUCAUCUCGUUCGUUUGCGCUACCCGGAACUGUCUGGAACUGGACGUCUUUUAUGCUCUAAACAUAAUCAUUCUCACAGCUGUCGUGGCUGUAAACCUCACUACCUCAAUCUUUUCAUUACGAGGCACUGUAUCUGACGAUCGGCCUCGUCGCAUCAUCCCAAAGUUAGCUCCCUUUUACGUGGGUUUGACCACUGCCGAUAUUCUUCUACAGCUCGCCGGUGGUUUUAUGAUCAAAGAGCAACGAGGGUGUGAAUUCUCCUUGCUCCUCAUAUACGUAUAUGCUUCGCUCAUAAUCACUGUCGUAUUCCAUGUCGUGCUACUUACGCUGAUUUACGACAACAAGUCAAACGAUACAGCUCAGGACAUAGACUCUGCCCACCUUUGGACAAGGAGGCUCAAAUGGAUCUUUUAUGGACGUAAUAUUAGAGACAAUCAUGACGUUUCAGGAGCCCUAAAGACAGUGUCCCGAGUGUUGGCGGACUUUUUUGAUCACGACUCCAAUCUUACAGCGAGUGAUGUUGCUGCAGGUCUAGUGCUGCUAAGAAGACAGCAAAUGGCCAGAGACUCUCCAGAUACAAUCACCUUCAGGGGCUUGCCAACAGAUAGUUUUGACCACGGAGUACACACUAGUCGUAAUCUCAGGCAAUUUAUGGACUUCCACUUCCCAGCUCCGAAAACAGUCGCAGAGCAUGUGUCGUUACAAUUUGGGACAUCUGGAUAUUGUUGCUGCGGCAUUCUUGAAUGUUUGCCAAAAACAGACAAGUCUCAUCCUGAUUUGCUGUACAUCAGUUAUCACAAUGAUAUAUUCUUGUCGCCCUUUUUGGUUGCAGUCGAUCGCGAACGCCGUACUCUAGUGAUUGCUAUUAGAGGCUCAAUGUCGAUUUCAGAUAUCAUAACCGAUCUUGUAGUGGAAUCCGUACCUCUACCUGGCAUGGAAGACAAUACCUUUACGCAUGGUGGUAUGCUCAGCUCCGCCAAGCGAAUCUUGAACGAACUUCAGGAGCAGGGAGUCUUAGGCACCAUGAAACGAGAUUAUGGAGAUUAUGACCUUGUAGUGGUUGGCCAUUCGCUCGGUGGAGGAACUGCUUCCGUCUUGACUCAUCUACUCAGAAGCACUACCGAGUUUACGGAGGCAAAGUGUUUUGUAUAUAGUCCACCUGCAGUGAUUGCCAGUGCAACAACCGCUGCUCACUUUGAGGGAUUCUGUACUACGGUUGUGUUGGGUGCAGAUGUUGUAUCCCGUUUGAACCGAAAGUCAAUCCAUUCUCUUCAGCAAAACCUGACUCGACUAGUAUCAACUUGUCGUGAAAGGAAAGUAGAUGUAUUGGGUCGUGCAUUCAUAGAUUGGUUAUGGAAGGGAAUGGGUGUUUCUCGACGUCGCGCCAUAAACUCGUACCCAGCUGAAAACACACCUAUGAUAAGCCCAGCAGUCAGCAACGACGAUUUGGAGCAUAACACGACAACUAUAAGUCCUUCUCGAUGGCGAGGAUUUGAUGAUGAAGAGGAACUGUACUUGCCAGGAAAAAUUGUAUACUUUGAAAGGGUCGAUGAAAGUCGUGCUCCUUCAGGAGGCAAAAAGGUGUAUCGAGCAGUUUGGGCUGAAAAGGAAGAAUUCUUGCAUAUUGUGAUCUCAUCAACAAUGCUGUCAGAUCACCUGCCCAAUGUGCUUGGUGAGGUGCUUCGGAAUGCAGUACAUAACAUUGCCGAGUGA